UCAUAUUCUCUCUCUUAUUUUGUUGUCUUAUCAUCAACUUUCCUUCUAUCUCCUAUAACUUUUGCUGGAAAUCUAGUUGUUUCCAUUUGUUGGCUUUCCCAUAUAUAGGAGCUUCUACACCAUACGAUCAAUCAUGGAAGACUCAUCAGCUUCAUACAUACGCAUGGUGCACCAUCUGAUCGAGGAGUGCAUCAUAUUCAACAUGAGCAAGGAAGAGUGCAUGGAGGCCCUCUCCAAGCAUGCAAAUAUCAAACCUGUCAUCACUUCAACAGUGUGGAAGGAGUUGGAGAAGGAGAACAAGGAGUUUUUCGAGGCGUACACACAGAGCAGGGAAGAGAAGGCAGCUACGGAAAUGGGAACAAGGCAGAGGAUUCCCAAGAUGCUUUCGGAUUCUUCCAAAAAAGAAUCCAACGACUAGUUGCAUUCGUGCGAACAGCGUUGGGCCGAGGCCAGCUUGUUGUUGUGUAAUGAGAUUGGCAACCGAAGGGUACGGACAGAAUAAGAAGAAAGAAUCGAGACAAGGAAAUAAUUAAAGAAGCUCAAAUAAACGUCGUCGUCGUGGUGUAUUUGAAAUAUUAUAUGUGUGUGUGUGUUUUUUUAUGCGACUAACUAAUUAAUGUUCAAAAAUGGUGAACAGUAGUUGGGAAACGUGACGGUCCGUGCCAACAGCAUGUGGCCGUCGGGUGGCAUAGGGUAAUUUAGAGUCGCAACACGUGGCGACGCCCUGCUGUAUUCCAUUGCAUGCGACUUGCGUGCCUCGAGCACUCGAUUGUAGUUUUAAAUUUUGCCAUCAUCUCUUUAUUUU